AUGCCGAGCAGCGGCGAGACGAACAACACCGCCGAGUACACGGCGCUACUGAUCGGCUUGCGGGCUGCAGCGGAUCACGGUGUGACGAGGUUGCGGGUGGACGGUGACAGUAUUCUUGUCAUUCGCCAAGUGCGUGGUAUCUUCGCGACGAGGAGCACUCGAUUAUGGCGCCUACGCAACGCGGUGAAGGCGGAGAUUGCGCACCUUGAAUGUGUCACACUCCACCACAAGGACCGCCAGUCCAACGGUCACGCCGACCGUCUCGCCAAUGAAGCGCUGGAUCGUCGGCGGUCGUUGAUGGAAUGCGGAGUGCAUCCCGACGGUAAUGGGUGCACCACCUCGCCGGCGGCUGGUCCAGCCCAGCCGGGUGAAUCCAUCUACCUCGACAUGGAUACCGGUGCCUCCACUGAGGAUCUCGCCGCAGACAUAGACGACGGUGAUGUAUACACGCCCAUACGGGUGAGUCCCCACGAGGUCUCUGCACGCCGCUCACGACUCCCGACUGCGCAAGCUUGA